GGCAACAGGCAGGCCCGAGUUCAAAUGCCGCUACUGCCCUUGCCCAGCUGCUUGACGUGGAAGUCACCGCUCUGAGCCUCGUUUGGCCCAUCUGUUAAAUGGGGGGAAAGGCAGGGAGGCAUGGGGAGUGCUCCAUACCUGUGGGCCCGCGGGCUGAUGGGGGUCCAGCCCCGGGCGCUGGGAGCGGUGUGGACUCGCAGGACCCCCUCGGGGCGGGGCGGGGCGGGGCGGGGCAGCGCUGACGCAGCCCCGGGACUGAGGAGCGGCGCUCCGCCCGCAGGCCUCCCGGCCCUGCCCGCCCGCCGCCUGCCGCCCGCCGGGCCCGCGGGGCCGCGUUGUCCGCCGGCCGGAGUCGCAGGAGCCAGAGAUGGGAAACGUCGAGUCCCAGCGGGAGCUGUGGUGCCCUGGCAGAGGCUCUUUCCGGGGAUGUCCAGUCUCAGUCCACGCCCCUGGGCCCUAGCCGAGUCCCCGGCCUCAGUUUCCGCUUCUGACACGUGCGGGGCAGAGGUUCCCACCUCCCGGCCGGAAGCAGCCGAGCCCCCAGCUCUGAGAGGGUUAGGACCUCCCUUGACCUCGCUGCCCUCUCUCUGGAGGACACCCUUUUGGUCUCCGCCAAAUACGGAGUGAGCGACGGCUCCGUGGUGGCCCUUUGGGGGUCUCUGGGCUCCUUCGUGCCCUCCUCCAUCAACCCCCCCGGGGCACCUGGUGUGCUACCCCUCCGGCACCCUCUCCAGCCCCACCCCAGCUGCCCAAGGACUCUGCCUUUGUUACCACCUCCCCAAGAUAGGGGAAUCACCCUGCCCAGAGGGACAAAGCAGGGCCCAGGCUGGCCGCGACUGUCCCCUCCUGCUCGCAUCCCUGUUCCCACAGCCAAAGAGCCCGGCAGCCAAAUCAGGCCCAGAUAAAAAAUAAAAAAGGAGAGUCAAGAUGGAACCUU